AUGCUCAAUGUACCUUCAAUAAUGAUCACAUUUCAGUCUGGUGCAGAUUUCCUUUUCUCGAGAAUUCAGUCAGAAUUCCUAUGUGCCAAACUACUGUGCACUCCGACCAUAAAUGCAACCACUACCUGUUCUUUUCAAGCGGCUGGGUCGGCUACGUCUACUGACACACUAAUUACGCCACUUGGUCACGUUGGCUCAGGCAUCUCUGUCGAUCUGUUCCUUGGUCGCCUUUCCAUCUCCGGUAAAUGUGACUGCAAUUCCGGAGGCGAUCUGCAUCAUCCAACUGACCAUCUACUUAAUUCUGCGAAAUCAGUAUGUCUUCGCCUUUUAGGCUUCCGGAUCGCUUUGAUGGAGGAAUUUCUGGAAGUUCUCCAACGGUCUAACUUUUGCAGAAGGCGGUACGAAGCAUCGCUUGGGGCACAGAAUUCCCAAUCAAACUUCCAUCUUCCAGUUCGGACCGGUUCCAUCCAAAAAUCAUCCAAAAUUUCAAGUUUUCUCACUUCCUCCAGUGUAUUCAGUCCUCCAGUGCCGCUGCACUUUUGCGUCGCGUUUCUCCCUCUUUGCUCAAAAUUGACGUCUGUUGACUCUGGACUCCAGUUCGAUUUGAUCCGUCUCGUCUUCCGCAGAAGCACACAGCUGAAAUUGCGUGAUGUCACUUUUUCCAUGUCACAUUUUCCUUCUGAACCCGACGCUGCACCCAUUACGACAUCAUCUUUGGUUGGAGAGUACGUUUUUCGUUCUCCUUUCUUUCAUCUCUCAAAGGAGCACUUGCUUCCUCAGUACCUCAGAAGUACGCACCUAGUUAAACUUCGUUCGUCUAGUGAGAGCUCAUCUCCUCUACCUCUUGAUUUUGACACGUGUCCUUUCAACCUGACGAUAGACAGCAAUGGACCGUCGUUGAGUGCACAAGACACGGAGUCAUCUAACCGACAAGCAACACCUCUAUUCAUCAUGCAAACUUGCAUACGGGAACUAGAAUUGACCAGCGGGUGGCAUGAAGGACAAAAUGUAUGCCCAGUACAAAUGCGGAUUGGUGCGUUUUGUUUUGUUGUGCAGCGCUCAUCUUCGGAUUUUGACAUCGACGCAUCGUUUACCUUAUGCCAAGCGAGCUACGUUUAUAGCCCUGCUGAAGUUCUUUUCCACAAGAAACUGCUCUUCAGUAUCCGGUCUGCUACUUGGCUUCUCGAGCAGGAUGAAACUUUGACACAUGGGCGUACUGGGUGUGUUUUGGGCUUCCCUGAUUGUUGUCGUAGUGUUGGACCAGGGGGCGCGGAUGCAGAACCGCAAUAUUCAUGCUCAAUGGGCAUUAACGAAUCAUGUGCCUUCGAUUUUCCCGGAGUUGCUGCCAUAAAUGCUGCAUCAUGCCGCACAGGUUGUGGACAACAUUCCGUGUCUCCCUUAAACUCUCUCUUCACUUUAUUGGGAAUUGGUCGACACAGAUUCCAUGUUCGCCUGCAGUGUCUUCCGAUAUCACCGCGCCAGCACAAUUUCAUGAUUGAGGACAGUGAACAACGUGAUUUCGUGGAUGGUCAGGAAAAACCCCCACCAAUGAUCUUUAUUUUUAUGCCCGCUCCUAAGGCGGCCAUGCAGUUCGGUUUCAGCCAAUUCACUCUGAAUGCCCAGUUGAGUCCCUUGGAUCCUGGAUCUCCAAUUGACAUCCUUGAUAUGCUACUGGAUAAUGUUGUCUCCCUGCGACUGUCUGGACUACACGUCGCCUGUUUACCUUCACUGCCCUCACAACCACCUUGGCCAGCAUCCUUAUUUUCGAGAGAGUGGCGGACUCACCCCAGUCUGCUGUUGGGUCUACGCUUUCCUGCUCACUGGUUCAACAUCUGUUGUUGUCCUGGACCCACUACUUCAGUGCAUCGAUGGGGACAUCUUUUUAGCACUUUUCACAUGACAUUUCAGAUACAUAGUCGACAUAUAAGUUGCCUUGUCAAAGGCCUUCAGCUGGAGUUGUCCCCGGAAGACUUACACCUGCUGAUCUCUUCUCUAUCGGCAAUGUUAGAGUCUUGUCAAGAGUCAAGCUUGUCAGCUAACUUCACUAGACCCACAUGUGCAAGUCACAUCCAGCUGUCGAAAUCUUCAUCGGCGUAUUUUCUUCAGGCGGUACACAAGAACUUCCCGAACAGGCCUGUGCACUGCACCGGACACAUGGACGAUAUUAACAUGUUCUUUCUUAGUUCCAACCGUGCAAUGAUUGUGCUCCGGACAGAUACAGUACAAUGGUCGUGUUAUGGGCCGGGCGAUACUGAGUGCCUUAGACCGUUUAAUUGCCACUCAGCCGAACAGAUCUCCCCACAAACCGGUUGUUUGUUACAUUACGCGGUGUGCACGGUUGGUGCAACCAAGAUGGCAUACAGGAUUCGCAGAUCAUUUCAACAAUCCUCGUUGAUUGGGACCAAACGUUCACCUAUUCAAAUGCACCACAGGUCGUUUGAUUACACCAUGGUGUUCCCCGUCAAUACGUGCCAGGACUUACAGCGUCAGUGGUUUUGGCUCCCGGGUUCACGCAUCGAAAUAAAUAUGGCUGGUAAAAUGAAAUUCCCUUGUCAGUGCUACUUCCCUUCGGGGUUUAUUGCCUUUUUCAGGAUGGUUAGUGAAUGGACCGCCGACCUCUGUUGCAUCGAAUUUCCUUAUCGUUAUCUAUUUCGGGAAGUGUAUACGCAAACCACAUCGAUGAUACAAGUUUUGCAGCGGCUACAUAGUCGGGAUGCCAUCUGUGAUGUGUUGGGUGCAUCUUCGGCAUCCACCCAUCAGCCUUACACGUUGUCUGACUCUGAAAUUAUGUUUUCUGUGCUUACCGAGAAGCCAUGUUCCAAACCUACAUCGCUUUCCUCAACUCCCAGGACUUGCUCUAACAGCACUCAGCCACUUUCCACUUGCAUGCGCCUUCUGCCUGAUUAUCUUAUCUACAUAAAACGUUUCAUAUUGGAAAUAAGGGAUGACCCUUUCGAAAGCAGGCUGAAUGACAACUACAUGGUGUUAUUAGCUGAGCAAAUGCGAUACGAACAACAAGUGGUUUCGCUUACCAAGCAGCUACACACAUCUGGACUAAAACUAUCAGAAAUUGUUCAUCCUGUUUGUCCGGCUCGUUCUGCGGAACAGCGUGCAAGGGAUUAUCGGGCUCGACUGAAUGAUUUCCAUCAAGAAUUCCCUCUGAUCAACGAAUUGUUCACCUGGACUUUGGACAACUUUCGCCUACAUUCCGUGCCCACUGAACAGUCCACUCAUCCGGACCAACUUUUGCACCGAAUGCGCCAACUAGAUAACUGCAGUCCUUGGCCGAACUUGUCCCCUAACGACUUUUGCACCUUAUGGUAUCGAGAAACAACUCUGAAUGUUGAUUGUUGGCGUUUUGAGUUGCGAGAUUAUCCGAAACCGUGGUUUGAAUUGACUGCCUUGUGUGUUCGAGGUCCGUUGAUCGGAGCUGAGCGGCGCGCAGAAUGGCAAGGUCAGCACACAGUGAACGUGAUGCCGGGAGAUCCUUGGCCUACCCAGACGCUAAUCCGGAACGAUUGGCCCCUCAAGUUUUUCUACGAUUUCACUGCAGAUGUCAAAAGUCUCCAUUUGUGCUACGGUUCCAGCUGGGAACCCACUGUAGCAUGGCUUGGCCAGCGGUUGGAGGAUAUAUUGCCCACUCCACUGGACACGUCUCCCCGGUUGGGUUGGUGGGACAAAGUGCGUCACUUACUACACGGUCGCUUACGCAUUGCAUCGGAACGUAUGUCUUGGCUAUAUUCGACAAGCUUUAACCCAUACAACACCACAGACUUCCUCGUUUGGCAGUGGGUACCGUCCACCGUCUGUUGGAAAACAGGUCUGUUUCGCUUAGACGGUUCAUUGGAUGUGUCUUAUCAUACUGCAUCUAAAUACGAUGGCGUCUGCCAGAUUUUGAAUUUGCCACAUAUCUACCUCACGUUUCAUCUUGACUGGUUGUCUUUGGGGAACCCACUAGAUCAUCACGCUGUUAAACCCUGCAAUGCGGAGCGACUAGCUAGUAUAGACACCAUUGAGCACGAUUCUUACCUUCGCUUUCGUGGUAACCGACUAGCCAUGCGCGUAUUGUGUGGCAUACAAUCCUCCCGACUGGACUCUGAUAGGUUACCUUCAUGCUUGUUGUACACCAGCAUGCUCAAGUUCACUGACAAGCUCAGGAUGUCACUCUCUAAGGUGGCUCGCCCAAUCCGACGAGGGCCUGUGUUUGCCUCCAAACCUUCACGCAAACCCUUGUUUGGGCGCUUGUUGCAGUGCGUGGAAUUCAUCUUGGAUCUUCCUCAAUUAGAGCUAACUUACUGGGUAUCAUAUGCCAACCGAACCGGGGUUCAUGCGAAAACAGGACCUAUUAAACUGAAAGCCGAUUUGCGCUAUUCUAUAGAGCAUGAAACUAAGGUACCGUUUGGGUCCGAUCGUCCUCCUGGACUUCUGCAGUCUUAUGUAAUGAUGCCUCCGGUCAGUUUCAGGCGUGGCAACGAAAUCUUGCGACGCCCCGCGGCUUCGUGGCUAGUAUCCCAUCUGUCAACUACGGUGCGUAGCAGUCGAAUCCGUUUGAUUCACAACGCCGAUUUACCUGGACAGGUCGUGCAAAUGUUAUUGAAAACAGCUGCACAUUUUCAGAUGAACCCAGUUGUCGGAAUCCCUACUCCAAUACAAUCGGAUCAUUUGGGUAACUGUGAGGAAUUCGUCAUUGUUCCACUAGUCCACUACGAACAAGUCUCCCCAGUUUUAAUACCGCACUGUACUGUCCGAGUGCAUAUUCCUGGCCGCGGUAAUGAAGGUACUUCGAUCUACUCCUCACCACCUCAUAUUGCCCCUGUUACUGGAGAGACACUUUACAAUCAGUCUACGAAAUGUUACACUGAACUACCAUCUUCCCGUCGUAACUAUGAUGUGACCCAUGAAAGUCUAACUCCUACGCACCGCCUUCUGGUUAAUGGGUUGAUGUUGCGUUGGACGGAGGACACUCGGGACUUGAUCUAUACUCUCAUCAGCACCUACCGGCAUGCGAAAUUGCUCAAAAAGAACUUAUCGGCGCGCGUAACGCAGCCAUUUCUGUUGACUGAUCCUGCCGAUUUGAGGAAAAACGGCUCCUGGUGUUGUGAAUCGGUAAAGCAUAGCCUCCUCGAGUCUUCAGACGUGGGAUGCCCCUCAGCCAGUUCUGAUCCUUCAUUCGGCUCUAUGGAAUCACGCAAUGGUAGAAUACUUACUGUUGAUACUUCGUCCUCACCUGACCUUUCAACACUUGAUCCUUCGCCUGUGCAUUAUACUGCAAGCUCUCCCUUUCAAGACAGUCUCGACGCACCAAAUGAUGCUGUCAUUGUUGGAGUCGGUAAACGUGUUGAUUUCGGGACACAUAAAGCGCCCAAUCUUGACUCGAACGCAGUCAGUGACGGAACCUCAUCAGAGGUCUUCACUGAAAUCCCUAUGUUAGCUCGACUACUUAAAGAAGUGGAUACUGCGAAUUUCUUUGCCUAUUGCGAAGAGGCGCCGAAACGAACGAAUGUAGUGGACCAGCUGCAUGGCCUCGCUGUCUGCUCUAAGAGCACUGUUACUGCGCGCAACUGGCUUGUUGAGCUAGUGGAUAGCCAGAUGCUACUGAAGACAAACGAGCUGAGAGGCUACGUUCUAGUCACCGCUGCACGCGCAAAAUUGGACGCACUGGCUCAUCCACCUAUUUGGAAGGACGCACAACUUCUCACGAAAAACAGUUUGGUAGGCCAUCUGGAGGGUAUGCAGUAUUACGCAACUGUCGGUCAAAUCGACUCGCACCAGUCAGUUCUCUGGCUUCCUACUACCAAUGUAAGCGACUGGUUCCACCUCAAUCCUGAGGUGGACGAAGAUACUUUGACUGGCAAGCCGGAGGUUGUUGGCUGCGGACGCUCUGUUGGUGGCUUGGUGAGCGCGUGUGUUAAAGAUGGAGCUCAUGACAAUUUGGAAGGCCACCGCUCUGCCGAUGUGGGUUGUGGCUCUGGUUCUGCAACGUCAAAUGCAAUCUCUUUGCAACGAAUGAUAUCUAGGUGCUCAUGCCAGGUGUUCUAUGUGCAUUAUGAUCCAGCGGACUCAAGUGACUUGUCAUCAGUAGACUUGCUAUCCCCACUAUCUUUUGAUGAAACAUUGGUUCUCAGUUCUCAUGAAGGGGCUGACACGGUCACACUGCUGCAUCACACCCUCAACGUAUGCACUAAUUCGCUGCAAUACCAUAUGAUCGUGAAUAUUGUGAACAAUUUACUGUUGUAUGUGGAACCUCAGCGCAAAGCCCAGUACGAGCGUAAUCGUGUCUCCUUUGGUUUGAUGUCUGAUUCUCAACUUCGUUGCGCUAUUUUACGGGACCAAGAAGCCCUUCGAUGCUUAGUGGCCGAACAACGUCGUUUGGAACGUCAUCUUUGGUCUUUCGCCCGCGAGGUGAUGUCCACCUUCGGAGUACCGUCGGAUUCACCCUUGCGAACUACGCUUGCGGCGACUUGGUCUCCCUGCAAUUCCCUGCAACCGUCGGAAAAUAUGACAAAGUUGUUACUGAGUAUACAAUAUGCUCGCCACCUUGAAGCUCAAAUUGCCGGUGUGAAAUCCCGUAAUAUGGAGCACAAUGCAUUAUUGUCCCAGCGUCUUGCGUACUACCAACAGCUUCAGAUUCAGGCCCAACGUCGUCAGAUCAGAGUAGCUAUGGCCAAGCAGGUUUUUCAUGGGACACCCAUAAACCUUUUCUGCGCCCCCGGUUCUGCGGUCGUACCUGGGAAAAUUUCUUCUAUAGAUACUGCGGAUCAUUCGUCACCUCGUACAUACACCCCUAACAACCUCGUCAACGCUUCGGUGCUCCCAGUUCCCGACCCUAACUGCGUUAAUCAUUCUGUGGCUGACCAAGUGGAUGUAAAGGAAACUAAUUGGCAACGCAAUUUUCUGAGUUCUAGGCAAAGUCCUCAUCCAGCUGGUGUUGUGCGUCGCAGCGAAGUUUGUUUUGAACAUGCCCGGUGGCGGAUAACUGAAAACGACGGGCAAAUCGGACUGGCCGACGUGGAGUUACGUGGCUUCCUAUAUACUAAAACGCACCGCCAAGAUGAUUCAGGUUCUCAUUGGCUUGAACUGGGAUGGAUCAGAGUAGACAGUUUGGCGCCGGAUUCCUUUUUCAGAGAAGUUCUGGUCCCUGAUGUUGGCAGCGAACAGUAUACUGGCGGUCCCAUACUCCGAAUAUCCUGUUCGGAACUUCCUCCAGUCGGUGGUCUAGCCGUAAGGGAAGCAAUGGAAAUAAGUGUGGCUCCAAUGACUUUACAGAUUAGCAAACAGUUUUACCGAGUUAUGAUGCCUUACUUCUUUCCUGAGAAAUCUGAACUUGCGAGUGUUUCACCGCAUCCUGCAUCCUGCACAUUCACAACGGCCGACAAUUACCCCACGAAUCAAGCGUCCACUGUGUCGUCAAGUAUGGUUCGUUUAUCCCAUGGACCUGAUAGAGGUCGAGUGGUUCCUGUGAUGCCAACGGAUGUCGUGGCUUCAACGAGGCCAUUUACUUACGCUAAACGGCGCUUUUAUCAGACUCCAGGCUUGUUGCGGCAAUUUCAUCGUGGUCAAACAAACCAAACUGCCCGUCUGAUAUUAGCGGAGACAUUUUCAGCGGACAGAUUUCCCUCUGAUAUGCUUAAUCAAUCUGGUCUCCUCAGUAUGAAUAUGGACUCUCCUAUCAUCGACCAGGCUAGUCGCACUAUCGUGGCCGACGAACAUCGGUCUGCAGCAAACGUGCUGAGCGAACUAGGACCUUUGGCGCUUUUUCGAAGUCAGGGUGCUGGUGAUCGUGACACUCCUGCUGUCUCCUUGAGACUCGCUGACGCUGGCUCUGAAUACCACGGAAAUGUGCUAUCUUCACCUGUACUCUCCACCAAUGACACACGUCACACGAGUGACUUCUUGAACUCCUUGCUUUUAUCUUAUCAUACACCUCCGAUUUCCGCAACAAGUGACUUGGCUUCACUUCAGCUCACAGAUUCGAUUAACCGAUCAUACGGACAGAAAUUCCCGAGAGACCCGACUUCCACGAUCAUCAGUCCGGUCGACGUGAUGCGUGAACGUGCUCGCCAAAACAACGUAUUUCUAUACAUAAAGAUCCCCGGCUUUCCUAUUUGUUUGAGCUAUAAAGGAGAAAAACAGAAAAACCUCACGGAUGUCACACGUUUCCAACUCAGUGUUCCUACCAUGGAAUAUCAUAAUUGCGUUUGGACCUGGCUGGAUUUUACCAUGGAAGUGAAAGCUCGCAUCCGAAAACAGCUGAUGCGGGAGGUGAUCAGAAAAAAAUUCACCCCUCGACGUAGAGGUCAGUUCGGAUAUUUAGACCAUUCCUCCAGUGAAAAAGUUUUGUCAACUGCAUCUGCAGAUCCAUGUUCAUUCCUCCCCGGCACGGAGCUCAUCGAUCGCACGCCAAUGGCAGUGGUAAACCAAGAAGAACGGAUGUGCCGCGAGGUUGAAAUGCUCCUCGGACGCCAUGCGCAGUUGCAACCUCCUCGCCCCAACUUGUGGAAUCGAUUCCGACCAAAUCGUUGACUCAUCUCUUUGCAUAUUACAUGGAUGCUUGUUAACACUGCAUCAGUAUUUCAGUUUAAUUUUUAACUUGAUCAAACUAACUUUGAAAUUGAAAUGCAAUAUCUCCCUAGUCCUU